CAGAGGCAGAAGCCAAGAAGUCUCUGUUUCCUCGUCUGCCUAACCUAGUAGCUGUUGGCAGUCUCUCGGCUUGUCAAGUGAAAGGAAGUGGACAGACGCAGGACCGCUUCUGAAUAUCAAUGCUGAACUGGAGCACUAAAUAUCCGGAGCUUACGGGGAUAAACUAUAAGUGAGGUCAAUUUUUCCCAACGCACACGGCUCGGGUGAAGACAAGUGAAUUGUUCGAUUCCGAAGGAGGACAUUUGGAUAGUUUGACACCAGGAGAAUGUAUGCGACUUUUUCCUACUGUGAGAUGCUUAGCGCGCACGCGGGCAUUUCUGGCUAUGGUUAUCUUUGAAGACGGAGGACUGCAAAUAACUUUCUUUAUUUUGGCUUGUUCGUGCGGUUUUUGAGAUGCACCAUAUCGUUUGUGGUCUACCACGCAGUCUCUGGAUUAACUGACUCUCUGUGGCGCAGCGCAUUGGACACAUAAGAGAGAAAAAUGCUGGCCUGCAUUCUGUUUCUCUGCUCAGUUUUCAUCCUUGCCAGUUCUCAAGACGUCGGGGCCUCUGUGACCACAACGGGUGGAUCUUGCGACUCGUUGUGUUCCUGCGAAGAGCGCGACGGAGUUGUACAUAUGAACUGCGAGAAGAGAAACAUUAGCAGGAUAUCACAAAUCAAAGUGCCAUCCGCUUUGCCUUUCCAUUUGAAUCUGUACAAAAACGACCUGGUGGAGCUGGAGGCCGAGGACAUGGAUGGCUUCAAGAAUGCGGUCACAUUACACCUGGGCGGCAACAGCAUUCAGGAGCUGGAACCAGGAGUGUUCGCCAACCUGGGCUCCCUGAAGAAACUGCACAUCAACAGCAAUUUUCUGGGCAUGCUGCGAGAGGACACAUUUCAGGGCCUGGUGAAUUUGGAGUACCUCCAGGCGGACACAAACUUCAUCCGAGUGGUGGAGCCGGGGGCCUUCAGCAAGCUCGUCCGCCUCAAAGUCCUGAUCCUCAACGACAACGCCAUCGAGUUCCUUCCCACCAACAUCUUCCGCUUCGUGCCCCUGACCCACUUGGACCUCCGCGGCAACCACCUGCAGACGCUGCCCUACGUCGGCUUCCUGGAGCACAUCGGACGCAUUAUGGAGCUCCUGCUGGAGGACAACAACUGGGUGUGCGACUGCGAGAUCCUCCACCUGAAGAUCUGGAUCGAGAACAUGCGCUCGCAGUCGUCCAUUGGCGAAGUGGUGUGCAGUGAACCGCUCCACCUCCGGGGGAACAUUUUGACGAAAGUGAAACGAGAUGUGCUGUGCCCGUCCCACGCGGACAUCAACCUCGAAGAGCCAUCCAAGUCCCUUGAUAUGGUGGUGACACCAUCGUCUAAAGUAGCCCAAAUACCUGAGGCCAAAGAUGAUGCAAAGAUUCCAACACCAGCUCAAGUUCCUGAGAUGUCUUGCAUCCCCCAGUGUUCCUGUCACAAUCAUCCCAUUGCAGGGUUUUUGAUCCACUGUCAAGACAGAGGCAUCCAAAGGAUAUCUGAUCUCGGAGUACUUCAACAAAGCCCCACCAAACUUGUUCUGACUGGAAACAUGAUACAGAGGCUCUUGAAGUAUGACUUUGUUACAUAUGAUAGCCUAGAACUGCUAAACUUGGCAAACAACCAAAUUGAUUAUGUGGAGAAUGAGACAUUCCUGAGUUUGAGUAAUUUAAAGAAAUUAUAUCUGAAUGGCAACAGAAUAGAGAAAUUGACCCCAACUAUGUUUGUUGGCCUCCACAACCUCGAGUACCUUUAUUUGGAAUAUAAUAUGAUUAAAGACAUUCAACCGGGCACGUUUAAUCCAUUGCCAAAUCUGAAACUGCUGUCCAUUAACAACAACCAGUUAAGCACACUUCCUGCACAGAUCUUCCGGAAUGUUCCCCUUACAAAACUAAACCUUCGGAAGAAUCUGUUUAUGCACCUGUCUGUGAGCAAUGUGCUCGACCAGCUUGAUGCCCUUGAGCAGAUUUACCUUGAGGACAACCCAUGGGACUGCAGCUGUGAUUUAGUCAGCCUCAAGCAGUGGGUCGAGAAACUGGACAAGGAUACGAUCAUAGGCACCAUCCUGUGCCAGACGCCCAAGAAGGUGGCCAGGGCCGAGCUCCGGACCCUGAGGACCGAGGUCUUGUGCCCUGGCCUGGUCACAUACUACUCCUUGCCUACGGACACAGAUGGAAUCCAGACAACCGUUACACCACACGGCCAAGCGCAGGGGUUCUUCAAUUCCCUGAUGGACACCGUGCCGCUGUCGGUGCUGAUCCUGAGCCUGCUCGUCCUCUUCUUGACCGUCAUCUUCUGCGCUGCGGGCGUGGCCGUGUACAUUCUGCACCGGCGCCGCCGGCGGACCAAGAAGAAGCAGGCGGAGGAGCAGCCUCGCGAGAGCAGCCCCAUCCACCUCCACUACAGCAUGUACGGGCAGAAGACCACGCACCACGUGGCCGCGCCGCGCCACAGCACGGGCAUGUACGACGAGACCUCGCACAGCCCCGUCAUCCAGGUGUGCCGCAACCCCACCUACUGCGCCCAGCACAAGGACCACGAGUCCGAGCACGAGUACGACCAGGACGACGCCAAGCACCACCUGUGCCACAGCAUCCUGGACAAGGAGAGGCACUCGCCGCUGAGCGGCGGCGGCGGCGGCAUGCCGCCCCACCUCAAGUUCAAGGCUGUGACGGAGUACCCGACCGAGUUCGUGACCCUGGGGGACACGAGCGCUCUGUACCACAACAUCCUGGAGAGGGAGCGGGAGCUGCAGCAGUUGAGCAUCACGGAGUACCUCAGGAAGAACAUCUCCCAGCUGCAGCCAGGGGUGGACAUGCAGGUCCCCGGGCACCACAAGGAGCUCAAGCUCAUGGAGACUCUCAUGUACACACGGCCCAGGAAGGUCAUGGUGGAGCAAACUAAAAACGAGUACUUUGAACUCAAAGCGAACCUUCACACGGAGCCCGACUACUUGGAAGUAUUGGAGCACCAAACAGCUUUCAAGUGAGAUAUCGACAAAGAAAAUGAGUAAAGGAAAUAUGUAUAAAAAUAUAUAUAUAUAUAUAUAUACAGUGAGGAGCACAUGUAUUUGAUACCCUGCUAAAACAGGAAUAUAAAAUCAUCAUUUGACAAUUGAUCUUAAUGCCUUAACUCAAAAA